AUGUGUGCAUCGGGCAUGAAAGCAGUCAUGUAUGGAACUCAAAACAUUGAAUUGGGCAUUCAUAAUUGUGUGGUUGCUGGUGGUUUUGAAUCCAUGUCCAAUGCUCCAUAUUAUAUUCCACAGGGUCGAUCAGGCUAUCGAUUGGGUGAUGGUAAAUUGGUCGAUUCAAUUCUUAAGGAUGGUUUGACUGAUGCCUAUAAUGGCGAGCAUAUGGGUUGGUGUGCCGAACAAACAGCCAAAUUAUAUAAAAUUACACGUGAGGAACAAGACGCCUAUGCUAUUGAAUCCUAUAAAAGAGCUGCUGAAGCAAAUGAGAAGGGAUACAUGUCCGAAGAAUUGUUCUCCAUUGCUUUGCCAUCCAAAAAGAAGGGAGACCCAAUUCAAUACAUUCAACACGAUGAAGAGUUUACAAAUAUUAAUAUGGACAAGGUUCCACAAUUGAAACCAGCAUUUGUGAAGGAAAAUGGUACUGUCACUGCUGCUAAUAGCUCAAAAUUAUCAGACGGUGGUGCUGCUUUGAUUUUGAUGAGCGAAGAGAAAGCAAAGAAGGCUGGUAUUAGACCAAUUGCAAGAAUUUUGGGAUAUGGAGAUGCUGAAAAGGCUCCAAUUGAUUUCACAACUGCUCCAUCUUCAGCCAUUCCAGUGGCUUUGAAGCAUGCAGGAGUUUUGCAAAGCGAUGUCAAUUUGUGGGAAAUCAAUGAAGCAUUCAGUGCUGUUGCUUUGGUCAACAUGAGACUUUUGGGAUUGGAUGUCAGUAAUGUCAACAUUUUCGGAGGAGCUGUUGCAUUGGGUCACCCAAUUGGUUGCAGUGGUGCUAGAAUUCUCUGUACUCUCAUUAGUGCUUUGAAGCACAGAAAACAACAAGUGGGUUGUGCUGCCAUUUGCAACGGAGGAGGCGGUGCUAGCUCUGUUGUUAUUGAAUUGCUCUAA